AAACCUCUUUCGCUAGCGACAACGAGAAAGCAAGAAAAUCCUGUGAACACAGCCCAGAAAAUGGCAAGCAAAAGUUCAACCAAACCAGACGGAGAAGCUACAACGGAGGAAGUGCCAGGGUCGAUUAAGACAUAUACAGAAGAAGAAAUAAAUACCUUCAAAGACAACAUGGCCUCUGAAAACACGAAAAAGAGUGCGCCGCUUGCAAUCGUGGUAUUAGAAAAGAACAAAACAGAGCUGAAAUUGAACAGCAUUUCUAAAACAUUUUAAGGUACUUACCUUAUAUUAAUCGCGAUGUUAAACUUUUAGUGCUUUCGCUUGGACACUUCAUUUCUUUCAGUUUUGCCACCGACGAGGUAAAA